AUCGCUGCGCUCCGCUCCAGUCUGGUAAGAAGCUUCAUCUCCAAAUAGGAUGACCGUCGGCUUUUGUGGAAGGGACUGCAUUCAGCUCCGUAGCUAGUUCUGGGACACCCGCUUCGUUCAGUUUACCUGAGGGGAGUUUAAGAGCCAACACGUCGUUUUUUCUUCUCUAGUGUGGAUUUCCGAUGGAUAUUCCGAUUUGAAGAGGUGUGAUUUCAUUGAUUUGAGCGCGGCAUGUAACAAAAAGAAGCGCAUGAGAAAAGUAGCGCUCGCAUUGUUAUUCUGAAACGAGCAACCUCUGAACUGCUUUGAGAGACAUACCACAUGGAUUACUAAAAGACAGAGCUGUAAUACCACUCCAAGGCAUACCCAUUCAUGAGCUGAAGGCUGAGUAAAUCUGUAGCAGAGGACCAGCAGCAGCAGCAGCAGCAGCAGCAGCAGCAGCAGCAGUAGUGUUGGUGCGAUCAUGAGGUCAGAGGCCUUGUUACUCUACUUCACGCUACUGCAAAUAGCCGGGGCGGGCUUCCCCGAAGACAGCGAGCCUAUUAGCAUCUCACACGGCAACUACACAAAACAGUAUCCAGUGUUUGUAGGACACAAACCUGGCAGGAACAACACGCAGCGGCACAAACUGGACAUCCAGCUCAUCAUGAUCAUGAACAAGACGUUAUACAUCGCUGCCAGGGAUCACAUAUACACGGUGGACACAGACACUGCCAACAGUGACGAGAUCUUAUUCAGUAAGAAAUUGACAUGGAAGUCCAAACAGGCAGAUGUGGACACUUGCAGAAUGAAAGGGAAACAUAAGGAUGAGUGUCACAAUUUCAUUAAAGUCCUCCUGCAGCAAAAUGAUGACACCUUGUUUGUUUGUGGAACAAAUGCUUUCAACCCCUGCUGUCGAACCUACAAGAUGGACACCCUAGAGGCUGUGGGAGAGGAUAUCAGUGGGAUGGCACGUUGCCCAUAUGACGCCAAGCACGCCAAUGUUGCCCUCUUUGCUGAUGGCAAGCUGUACUCGGCCACUGUAACAGACUUUCUAGCGAUCGAUGCGGUCAUCUAUCGUAGCCUUGGAGACAGCCCGACUCUGCGCACUGUCAAACAUGACUCCAAAUGGCUGAAAGAGCCCUACUUUGUCCAGGCAGUCGAUUACGGGGACUUCAUCUACUUCUUCUUUCGGGAAAUUGCUAUGGAGUACAACACAAUGGGAAAGGUGGUGUUUCCUCGGGUGGCCAGGGUUUGUAAGAUCGACCGAGGCGGCUCGCCACGGGUCCUAGAGAAGCAAUGGACCUCAUUUCUCAAGUCUCGCCUGAACUGCUCCAUUCCUGGUGAUUCCCACUUCUACUUCAACAUCCUGCAGGCAGUGACAGAUGUCAUCCACAUCAACGGGAGGGACGUAGUGAUGGCAACCUUCUCCACUCCUUACAACAGCAUUCCAGGCUCAGCGGUGUGUGCCUAUGACAUGGCGGAGGUGGCCAACACAUUCACAGGGCGUUUCAAAGAGCAGAAAUCCCCAGACUCCACCUGGACGCCUUUUCCUGAAGACAAGGUUCCAAAGCCAAGGCCUGGCACAUGUGCCGGCACUCCAUCCAUGGAGAGGUACAAGGUAUCCAAUGAGUUCCCCGACGACACACUCAACUUCAUCAAAAUGCAUCCUCUGAUGGACGAGGCCGUGCCCUCCAUAGCCAACAGGCCCUGGUUCCUCAAGACCAUGGUCCGGUAUCGUCUGACGCACAUUGUGGUGGACAAUGAGGCCGGUCCCCAUAAGAACCACACAGUGGUCUUCCUGGGAUCUGAGAAAGGCAUCAUUGUCAAGUUCCUGGCCAACAUGAACAGCGGUAUCCUCAAUGAUAGCCUUUUUCUGGAGGAGCUCAACGUCUACAACCCUGACAAGUGCAGUAUAGAUGGUGUGGACGACAAGCGCAUCAUCGGCAUGCAGAUAGACAGCAAAAGUCACGCUUUGUGGGUCGCUUUUUCCUCCUGUGUGGUUAAAGUGCCGCUGUCUCGCUGUGAAAGACACGGAAGAUGCAAGAAGUCUUGUAUAGCCUCCAGAGACCCAUACUGUGGUUGGGUGUCAGAAGGAGCCUGCAAACAGGUGGUUGGCAACACCAAAUCAGCCUUUGAGCAGGACGUGGAGCAUGGUAACACAGAUGGCCUGGGAGACUGCCAAAACACCUUUGUGGCGCUGAACGACAUUCCCUCCAGUUACAAAGGCCACCACCACCGCCACCAUCACCACACCCUCUCACUCCCCACCUCGGCCCUACCCGAGGCUGCCGAGGGCCCCCUGGGGCGGGGCCGCAUGGUGGAGCGGAAGGACCCCCCCAUGAGCUCAGACAAAGGGGAGGACCCCUACGUAGCCGUGCCCUCUCAGACUCAGCCAGAAGUCAAUGGUGUGAUCCGUGAGAGCUACCAGAAGGGUCGUGACCAACUAGUUCCCGUGACCUUGUUGGCCAUUGCUGUCAUCCUAGCCUUUGCCAUGGGCGCCAUCUUCUCUGGCAUCAUUGUCUACUGUGUCUGUGACCACCGGCGGCGAGACAUAGACCUGACAGGCCGCAAGGAAAAGGACAGCCACCACCUCCACUCCCGCCGAGGAUCUAUGAAUAGUGUGACCAAGCUGACGGGCCUGUUUGAGACACAGGCCAAAGACGGUCGACCCGAGGCAAUCCUCACCCCUUUGAUGCACAACGGGAGACUGACACCGAAUGGGAAGAUGCUGAUAAAAGCAGACCAGCACCACCUGGACCUUACUGCUCUGCCAACGCCUGAAUCCACCCCCAUGCAGCCGCGUCGUAAGCCGAGCCGGGGCAGCCGGGAGUGGGAGAGGAACCAGAACCUCAUCAACGCUUGCAACAAGGACAUGCCACCAAUGGGCUCCCCUGUUAUCUCUACAGACCUGCCCCUGAGGGCCUCUCCGGGGCACAUUCCCAGCGUGGUAGUCCUGCCUCUGCCGCAGCAUCAGCACCAGCUCCAGCCUCACCUGCAGCAGCACCAGCAGUCCUACCAGCACGAGUAUGUGGAGCAGCCCCACCAUAGUGACCAUAGCAUGGGCCACAGUGUCAUGGACGACCAGGGAGCCACCCUGGAGUACAAGACAGUCAAGAGCCCCUGUCACAACCUCAACAUGGUAGAUCCAGAUGGGGUACUGCCGCCACGCGUGCCCCAACGAGAGGCUUCUCUCACCGUCCCUCCGGCUGUCCCACAGAUGGGCAAACGCUUGGAGGUCCACUCGUCAGUCUACGGACUCCGGAAAGGAUCAGCAUCCGGAGCUUCCGGAUCCUCCGUUCUCAAGAGGCACAACACCAACUCAUCUAACUCCUCCCAUUUGGCGAGACAUCACAGCUUCAACCGCAUGGAGACGCCACCCCCUGCACCUCAGAGGGUGGACUCCAUACAAAUGACAGCACAGGGCAUAUCUCUGUCACGGCAGCCUGGAAUGAGCUCCUACGGUUCACUGCCUCGAACAGGCAUCAAAUAUCUCAAGCCUGAUGUCCCCCCAAAACCCUCCGUAGUCUCACUCUCGACAAAAGUCAAGUCCAGUGACUCCUGCACAUAGUCAGCUAGUUAUCCAGUCAGUCCAAUGUGAACGGACAGUAGUGAAGGUUUUUUCUGAAAGAGAGAAAAAACAGGGAAUACUGUACAACUUGCAUCUCCUUAUAGUGUUUUUGUUUGUUUGUUUUUGGUGUACAGUACAGUGAAAAAUGAAACACAGUUUUUUUAAGAAAACAAUUUCUUUUUAUAUAAAUAUGUAAAUAUUAUACAAAUGGUUGUCGUCAUUUGUUGCCGUCAUUGAGCACAUGUUCUGGCUGGCUCCCAGUUCCUCUGUAAACACACAUGGGAACAUGUGCUACUGAAACAGAAGAAGAUGAUGCUUGUCCUGAAUAUUUCAUCCAACUGCACCCUGUAGCAUCCAAGACGGUGGCUCUCUUGUUUGUGGUGUCUUUGGCCACCGGGACUUGACUUGAUACUUUAUCACGCUGGUGAAAAGCACACAAGAAGACAGCACGGGAGAUUUGGAUCGUUGUACAGUAUCUUGAGGACUGGGAAAUCAAGCACUCAGAGAGACUGAGCUCAGACUGAAAGGACAGACGCCUGUUCUGAGUUCUGUCAGAAACUGUGAAAAAGCCUCUCAGUGUUACAGCAAUCAAGUCCUGCCUGGGUUUGACUGAAAGCCUGGGCCAGAGGAAUCUUCUACUGUACUGGUUACUGAAUAACACAUGACUGUUAAUACUAAUAGCUUGUUGUAUUUAUUUUUAUUAAGUGCUUUUGAAAAAAACUUUCUUUUCUUUCUGG